UGUACAAUGUUUACCAAUCGAUUUAUGGCCAUAGAAACCUUCAUUAGAGUUUAAGCACCUUUCCAUCCACAAACAGAAACAACCAUGGCGACGCUGGUGCCAAAACUGAAAUUAGGUUCACAAGGUCUAGUUGUUUCAGCACAAGGAUUGGGCUGUAUGGGUAUGUCUGGGAGUUACGGACCCCCAAAAUCGGAAUCUGAUAUGAUCCACCUCCUCCGCCACGCAAUUCACUCCGGCGUUACCUUCCUCGACACCUCCGACGUUUACGGUCCCUAUACCAACGAGAUCCUCAUCGGAAAGGCUAUGAAAGAAACAGGAUUGAGAGAGAAAGUUCAAAUUGCUACGAAAUUUGGAUUCAAAUUGAUCAAUGAAAACUUCGAGGUGAGUGGUGAUCCGGCGUAUGUCCGAUCAGCUUGUGAAGCUAGCUUGAAGAGACUUGAUAUCGAUUGCAUUGAUCUCUACUACGUUCAUCGGAUCGAUACUCGGGUUCCAAUUGAAAUCACGAUGGGAGAGUUAAAGAAACUGGUUGAAGAAGGUAAAGUGAAGUAUAUUGGAUUAUCAGAAGCAUCUGGUUCAACAAUCAGAAGGGCUCAUGUUGUUCAUCCAAUAACAGCAGUACAAAAUGAGUGGUCAUUAUGGACAAGAGAUGUGGAAGAUGAAAUUGUUUCAACUUGCAGAGAACUUGGUAUCGGGAUUGUUGCUUAUAGUCCGAUUGGCUGGGGAUUCUUGGCCGCAGGUCCUACGUUGGUCGAGAACUUGGUAACGGAGGACUUUAGGAAGGUAUUGCCUAGGUUUCAGAAUGUAGAGCACAACAAGACCGUAUUCGAGCGAGUCAACUCGAUGGCAACAAGGAAAGGUUGCACCGCGGCACAACUAGCCCUGGCGUGGGUCCAUCACCAAGGAAGUGACGUGGUUCCGAUACCGGGUACCACGAAGGUCGAGAACUUCGACCAAAACAUUGGAGCUUUGUCUGUAAAGCUAACAGUAGAGGAGAUGGCUGAACUUGAAUCGUUUGCUUCAAGUGACAUGGUGAAGGGCGAAAGGAAUGCACACAUGCAACUCACUUGGAUGAACUCGGAGACUCCUCCGUUGUCGUCUUGGAAAGAUAAUUAACGGAAUGUUUGAUUGUUAUUCUGUAUAAAUUAAGCUUUGUAUGAAUUAAGUUGUCUGUAUAAAUAAAACUAAAUAAUCAAAUGGUCUUUGGCCUAACGAUAUAUGAGUCUUGGCCCUCCUAGGAGGUCAAGAGUUCAAACCUCA